AUGCGAAAAUUACACGAUGAUUUUCGACUUCGUUUCUAUCGAAAUUUUCUCCGGAUUGCUCGUUUUCCGAUUGUUCCGAUAGCGAUUGUCAUUUGUAUGAGUGUUUUCUUGAUAGCAGCCACAUUUGAAAGUCAUCAACUACGCAACUCAUUCCGACAAACAACGCCGAGAAAAACAAUCAUAAUCAUUACACCAACAUAUCGAAGGAAUACUCGGCUUGCUGAUUUGACAAGAAUGGCGAAUACAAUUCGACAAAUUCCCGAUCUUCAUUGGAUUGUGAUUGAGGAUGGAGAGACAAGAGUGACGGCAGUCGAAAGAAUGCUCAAUCGAACUGGAUUACCAUUCACCUACAUUCCAGCAAAGACGAAACCCGGAUAUCCAAGGAGAGGUUGGUAUCAAAGGGACACGGCACUCGGUUACCUUCGAAAUUACACGGAUAGGAUAACAAGAGGCUCUCGAGAAGCCGUUGUCUACUUUGGUGAUGAUGAUAACGCGUACGAUUUGCGACUCUUCGACGAGUACAUUCGAAAAGUCAAGAAAAUCGGUGUCUGGGGAGUUGGUCUGGUUGGUGGAGUUCUUGUCGAAAGUCCUGCUGUUAAAGACAACAAGGUUGUCGGCUGGAAUGUGAACUGGUUUGCGAAACGGAAAUUCGCUACAGAUAUGGCUGGAUUUGCGGUACAUUUGAAUGUGAUAUUGAAUAACACGGCCGUUUUCGGUUCUUCAUGUAAACGUGGUGCCGGUGCUCCAGAGACUUGUCUUCUUGAAGAUUUGGGAUUAACGAGAGACGAUUUGGAACCAUUUGGAUUCAAUUCAGAAUCUCGAGAGCUUUAUGUUUGGCACACGAAAACCCUUCAAGGAAAGUAUGACAAGUCAAAAAUGGAACUUCAUGGAUUUGUCGUUGAA